UAAACAUCGGCUACAUAUUGGUUGGAUAUGAAAUAUAUUGGACUGGUCCUAUCAUUCCUAAACUUUUAAAUAUCGAGGAGACGCCUCUGACUCGUGUUAUAUCAGCAACCGAGGCAUCAUGGGUUGCUUCUUUACUUUUAAUUGGAGCAGAUGUUGGAGCUAUCAUCGCCGGCUAUGCAGCAAACUUGAUCGGCCGCCGACCAUGUCUCAUACUCAGCGGAGUUCUUAUGAUCAUUUCACAUCUAAUAGUGAAUUUCCCUACUUCAUUAGGCAUAAUUUAUGCCGGAAGAAUUUGUAUUGGUGCUAGCAUUACUAUGUUCUUAUUGGUCACUCUUGUAUAUCUUGGAGAAAUAUCAUCACCAAAUAUACGCGGUAUGUUGAUGACAUCGGCGAGCAUUUUCCAUUCGUUCGGCGGUUUUGUAGUAUACUGCGUGGGUCCUUACAUCUCGUACACACAAGUCGGAUACGUGUUCUUUGGUAUUAGUGCCGUUUAUAUUACUACAAGUUGCUUUCUACCCGAAUCUCCAGUAUAUCAUGUCAUUAAAGGUAAUGAAGAAGCAGCGAAAGAAUCUCUUCGCAAAUUAGGGAGACAAGAUAUCGACACAGAACUGAAGAAGAUGAUGGAGCAAGCUGUUAAAACUAAAACUAAUUCAUAUCUCUUAAGGGAACUUUUCACUGACAAAGGAAACAGAAGAGCUCUCUGCGUCACAAUCCCUUUAUACAUAUUCCAGCAAUCAAGUGGAAACAUGGCUGUCAUAUUCUUCGCUACGACUAUCUUCAACAGCGCCGGAUCGUCGAUACAACCUCAUAUAGCUACCAUGAUAGUUGGAGCAACGUCGUUGUUCAGUGCAAUAUUUUCUCCAAUGUUCAUUGAUAAACACGGAAGAAGGAUAUUACUAAUAAUUUCAACGGCGGGAUGCUUUGCUUCGAUGACUGUCUUAGGGGCAUACUUUUACCUAGACCACAUAGGCAACUCAAUAGUUCUAUGGCUGGGAUGGCUUCCUUUAUUGUGUUUGGUUUCGGCUUUAUUCUUUUACGGUAUCGGUCUCUCAAUAAUUCCAAAUACACUGACCGGUGAAAUGUUUAGUCCUUCCGUACGUGGCCUUGGAAGCUCCAUAACUAUAUGCAUUGGAUUAACAACUGGAUUGAUAUCGACUAUUAUUUUUGGCUACGUUGUGGACAGCAUUGGAACCUAUGCUCCCUUUUGGAUUUACGCGGCUGCAAAUGCGAUUGCCUUGGCUUUUAUUAUUUUCGUCGUCCCCGAAACUAAAGGGAAGACUUUAUUAGAAAUUGGAAAUAUUAUGGAAGAAAAGCUUUGAAAUAAAAUGCAUUUAUGUAUAUUAUGUAAAGCAAAAACUUUGUACCCCUUUUUACAAAAAUUACGCGGUCGGAGAGUAUAAAAUUUGGCACAAUUAAAGUUUAUAAAGUUUAUAUGAAAAUCUACAACUGGUGAUAAAUUUGUGGGUAAGCUAGAAAAAAAUGGGUCGAGGAUAUAGUAAACGAAGGUGGAAAAGGAUGAUGAUAACUUGAAGCAAAUAGAAUAGAAUGGGAGAGUUCCUAAACGGGUAUGAAGACUUGUAAAUGUGAGGUGUAAGCGGAACGCUUAUUAAGGAUUAGAUACUUAUGAAAUGAUAUAUAUAACUGAAAGACGUACCUAUACUUGUAAGGAAUAACUUUUAUUAGAGAUAUUUUUUAUUUAGAUUAACCUCAAAGUAUUUAACAACUAAAAAGGUAGUAUGUACCAAUAACAAAUUGUAUGCAUACAGUAAAAAAUAUAAUUACUUUUUCUUCAAAAUACAUUUCACAAUACACGCAGAAUCGUUCGUAUGCGUUCAACUUAAAAUUCUAUAUACAACUUGGAAUGUAUAGAUUUAUUUUGUAAUAUAACACUUAAUUAUAUUUUUAUAUAGAGAGAAGUUAUGUAAAAUAACGAUAUUAUAAUAAAAAUAGAUGCUUUAGUUCUAUGUACCCUAAA